AUGCAAUACGCCUGUGCUGUGUGUGUGGGUGAGGGCGAACAGGCUGUUGGAUUUGACCAAUUCUACAUGCGGUUCGAUGACCUAUCCAGCAUAAAAAAUAAUGUGCAACUCAAACACAAAACCAAAGUUUGUCAACCCACACUCUGCCCAGACUGCGGUAGGUAUCACUUCAAGAAAGACCACUUGUGUGAGCACAAUAUCAAGAAGAUCCCCUGCCUAGACUGUGGUAAGCUAUUUGUUUCCCAGAUAUCUCUCAAGCUUCACAUUAGAGUCCACCAGGACAGCUUUGUGCAUGCAUGCAAAUUCUGCCUCAAGAAAUUCAAGACCAAGCCAGACAAACAGACACAUGAGGAGAGCCAUCCCCAAGAGAAGAGUCCCUAUCAAUGCCCUGACUGCUCGGAGAUAUUCAAUACUUUUUAAAAAAACGGAACAGGCACCUUCAAAGCUGCCGAGGGCCAAGGAAGUACAUUUGUGAUGUCUGUGGCCAAUAAUUAAAUGGGUUGCAUGUACUCAAUAGACACAAAAUUGUACACAACGGGCAGAAACCCUACAAGUGCAAGGUGUGCCAAAUGUCCUUCAACCAAGUUAGCCACCUCAAGUCCCAUUUGCGCCUCCACACAGGGGAGCGACCCUUCAAGUGUCAACAGUGUGAGAAGUGCUUCAAUCACAACGUCAGUCUAAAGAACCACGUGCACCGUUAUCAUGGUCCAGACUCUCAGGAGCAGGGGGAGAGAGAGAAGGAGCGGAAUAGUCAGGAGCUAAACUCUGGAACUGAGGAGAAAAAGCAGGGUGGACGCUCUAGUCCUAAAGAACAGGGAGAGGGUCAGGAACCAAUCCAUCAAUCUGAGCAGGAGAGAGAGAAGCGGGAACCGAGAAAGAGGAGGCACAAGAGCAGUCAACGCCAGACAUCUGACCCUGAGGAGUUCGAGGAGGAGGGGGUGAGGCAGAUCAACAGUGACUCAGACUUCAACCCAGCAGAGGAGAGGACCACAAGUAGAGGAAGGGGAAGAAGAAAGGGUAGGCCAAGAGGGAGACCGAGUACCAAUGGGAAGAGGAAUGUUGCUGUAGAAGAUUUAGAUUGAUCACACCAGUGUCAUGUUCAUUAGGGCACACCACAACAAAACAUUUUAGAAUGGAAAAUGAAAAUGAGCAUUUUCUAAUUUAACAACUACAGAUAGAACAUCCCUGUUUCACUUUGUUUUGUAGCAUUUCACUCUGUUUCAUGCUUACUGAACAUGACCCAGUAUGAACCCUAACAUGAAGUAUGGGGUCAAAAUGUAUGUGAGUCUUUUAGAUUUAAGAGGCUAAGGGUUGUUUCUGCUAUACAGUUGGUUGUAUGAAAACACUACUGUAAAGACUACGUAAUUGUUACUAAUAGAAGUCAGUAAAAUCAAAUGACACUAUUGAUAUUUACAGUAAAUAUAUAUAUAUAUAUACAGUUGAAGUCAGAAGUUUACAUACACCUUAGCCAAAUACAUUUAAACUCAGUUUUUCACAAUUCCUGACAUUUAAUCCUAGUAAAAAUGUCCUGUCUUAGAUCAGUUAGGAUUACCACUUUAUUUUAAGAAUGUGAAAUGUCAGAAUAAUAGGAGAGAGAAUGAUUUAUUUCAGCUUUUCUUUCUUUCAUCACAUUCCCAGUGGGUCAGAAGUUUACAUACACUCAAUUAGUAUUUGGUAGCAUUGCCUUUAAAUUGUUUAACUUGGGUCAAACGUUUCGGGUAGCCUUCCACAAGCUUCCCACAAUACAUUGGGUGAAUUCUGGCCCAUUCCUCCUGACAGAGCUGGUGUAACUGAGUCAGGUUUGUAGGCCUCCUUGCUCGCACACGCUUUUCUGUUCUGCCCACACAUUUUCUAUAGGCUUGAGGUCAGGGCUUUGUGAUGGCCACUCCAAUACCUUGACUUUGUUGUCCUUAAGCCAUUUUGCCACAACUUUGGAAGUAUGCUUGGGGUCACUGUCCAUUUGGAAGACCCAUUUGCGACCAAGCUUUAACUUCCUGAGUGAUGUCUUGAGAUGUUGCUUCAAUAUAUCCACAUCAUUUUCCUUCCUCUUGAUGCCAUCUAUUUUGUAAAGUGCACCAGUCCCUCCUGCAGCAAAGCACCCCCACAGCAUGAUGCUGCCACCCCCGUGCUUCAUGGUUGGGAUGGUGUUCUUCGGCUUGCAAGCCCCCCCCCCCCCCCCUUUUCCUCCAAACAUAACAAUGGUAAUUAUGGCCAAACAGUUAUAUUUUUGUUUCAUCAGACCAGAGGACAUUUCUCCAAAAAGUACGAUCUUCUUCCCCAUGUGCAGUUGCAAACCGUAGUCUGGCUUUUUUAUGGCGGUUUUGGAGCAGUGGCUUCUUCCUUGCUGAGCGGCCUUUCAGGUUAUGUCGAUAUAGGACUCGUUUUACUGUGGAUAUAGAUAAUUUUGUACCUGUUUCCUCCAGCAUCUUCACAAGGUCCUUUGCUGUUGUUCUGGGAUUGAUUUGCCCUUUUUGCACCAAAGUACGUUCAUCUCUAGGAGACCAUUUUCCUGAGCGGUAUGACGGCUGCGUGGUCCCAUGGUGUUUAUACUUGCGUACCAUUGUUUGUACAGAUGAACGUGGUACCUUCAGGCGUUUGGAAAUUGCUCCCAAAGAUGAACAAGACUUGUGGAGGUCUACAAUUUUCUUUCUGAGGUCUUGGCUGAUUUCUUUUGAUUUUCCCAUGAUGUCAAGCAAAGAGGCACUGAGUUUGAAAGUAGGCCUUGAAAUACAUCCACAGAUACACCUCCAUUUGACUCAAAUGAUGUCAAUUAGCCUAUCAGAAGCUUCUAAAGCCAUGACAUCAUUUUCUGGAAUUUUCCAAGCUGUUUAAAGGCACAGUCAACUUAGUGUAUGUAAACUAUGUAUAUGUACUGUAAACCGGUACACUGACCUCUGACUGUUUUAGUCAUGUUGUAGAAGUUUGUUUUACAAAAAUAUGUUACUGGGUUGAAUUUUUUUUUAAUAAUACAAUUCAUAGUCACCAAAUAUUUUAAUAUUUAGAUUUUCUUCUACUUUAAACUAAGUUUGUGUUGCUGUUGAAUUAUUCAAUAACAUUGUUUUAUCACAGUUUCAACCUCCUAUUAAACUAUUUUAGUAGGCUAUUCCAGUUUGUAAUGCUUAGAUUUCUAAUAGUUUUUUAAAUAGCUGAUAAGAAUUUGUUUUUCUUAUAUUGUCAUCCAGAAUUGCUCUCUUUGCUGUCAUGAUGGUUUCAAAUGAAUUAAGUUCUAUUUUGAAAAAUGGUCUGUUUCUUGCCUUGAAUAUUCAUAAACUUUAUGGUUUUAAGUAAAUAUUAUCUUCAACUCUGCUUAUAUGGAUCAUGUAACGCUCACUAGUUCUUAAGUUUUUCCCCCCAUCACUUUGGUGCAAUUGUCACACGUGGUACAUUUUUACAACUCUAAGCACACAAAUCCAAAUGGAUCAUCAAAAUUUCAAAACUCCAAGCACAUUUUCGAUUGAAUGAGUAUAACAAACAAAGUCACUUGUUCACUGCACCAAAUCACUUUCAAUUUGGAUACAUAUUCAAUCUAAGUAUCUGCUUUUCAAAAUGCAAUAUUCACUUUACUUUUGGUAUGAUUAUCUUGUAAUUUGUUAACAAUACAAUUAACUAUCACUUAAUCAAACUACUGAACGCUGGUAACUACUGAACCACGAGUAUGUAGUGCCUAGUUAACCUAUAUAGUUUGAUAACUGCUGAACACUGAAAUUCUAUAUUUAUUCCUCAAUAAUGUAUCAAUUUGACAUCAAUUUAUGUUGGAAGGUUAAACCAAAUAAUAUGGAUGUGGCUGUAAAUACUACAUCGUUGUACAAUUUUUUUCAUCUGUUUUGGUCAUGUACAAGUUUUUUUUACAAAUACAUUCUGUUACUUGGAGAGAAAAAAAAUCUAAUACAGUUAAUAUUCACAAUGUUGAUUAUUUAAUACUACUUUAACCACUGCUAAGUUUGUGUUGCUUUUGACUGUUGAGUUAAAUGUAACUCAUUUGGUGGAACAUGGCGCUUGCAACACCAGGGUUGUGGGUUCGAUUCCCACGGGGGGCCAGUAUGAAAAUGUAUGCACUCACUACUGUUAGUCAUUCUUGUCUGUUAAAUGACUUAAAAUGUGAUAACAUUGUUUGAUUACUGUUUCUACAACUAUUUUGGUAUUCCAGUUUGUAAUGCUAAGAUUUCUAAUAGUUUUUGAAAUAUCUAAUUAGAAAAUUGUGUCCUGAAAUGUUAUACAGAAUUGCUCUCUUUGCUGUCAUCUCUUUGCUAUUUAGAAUUAUUUCUUUCCGUCAAUAUUAAUAAACUUUGACAUAAGUCAAUUUAACUUUCAAACGCUGAUGAUAUAGAGACAUCAACCUCAAGAUGUCUUCUAUAAGAUCAAGUAACGUUCAUUAUGCUUGUAUAAUAAUGUGUUGAACAGACCUGCUUCUCUGUCAUGUAAAGGUUCAAUUUUUAUAAUAUCACAACUGUCUGCAAUGGCCAGAAUGUUGCUGCUCCCUCCUGAAAUCAACCCAGUAUUAAUCAAUCAAAUGUUUUGAUAAAGCACUUGUCAGCAGUUGUCAAAUAUCCUGCAAAAGCAGAAGCAGGCAGGCACCACUCAACUCAAACCUUCAAAACCUCAUCAUCCAGUGCUGGAGAGUGGAGAUGGCGUUUUGGGCCAGCAGGGGGCACUGUAGUCUUGGGAUGACUGGUCUGUAGUAUAGGAUCAGGACGCUAUUUUGUUAUUUCAACCACUAAUUUCCCCCCAGAAUCAUUGCUGAGGAGAGUGGAAGCAGAAAUGUUAUGUAUGGGUUAUGAAUGUGUUAUAAGUACUAGUCCUUAUGUAGGUACCCUACUACCCUCCAAAUAAAGUGGAACCACAUCUCCUCCAAGGAACAGCACAUACAAACUCAUGUGCACAACAUUGUUAACACACAUGCAGUGUUAUCAGGAUGUUGUUUUUAAGUUGUCCUAGUGUAGUUCCUGUAUCAAGAUUGGUUUUCAUUGCAGUGCAAUAUGAAUGUCCAAUACACACAAUAGACUGACUGGAAAGUGGUCCUCUGUAGCUCAGCUGGUAAGAGCAUGGCGCUUGUAACGCCAAGGUAGUGGGUUCGAUCCCCGGGACCACCCAUACACAAAAAAAAUGUAUGCACGCAUGACUGUAAGUCGCUUUGGAUAAAAGCGUCUGCUAAAUGGCAUAUUAUUAUUAAAGGUGAUUUCCCACAAUCAAAGUAAGAGUUAAAAUUUGUGUAAACGCUACAUAGUUGUGUUCUGUGGGUGUUACUGACUAGGCUGAUAUUUAAUUGGUGCACCAUCCAUAGUUUAGGCUGUACAUUGCAAUAUGAAUAUUCAAUACACAUAGGUUAGGGUGGUGAGCUUAAAGUUGAUCGUUUCAGUGGUAUCAGAGUCCUGCAUUAAGAGCUAGAUGCUAAUAUUUGUGUAAAAUCUUCCCUGUUGUGUUCUGUGAGUGUCACUGAGUAGGCUGAUACUCAAUUUCAUGGGUGUACAAGCCAUAGGUUAGGCUGUACAGUGCUUAUAAGAAUGCCCCCAAUUCAAUUACAUCCACAGUGCGAUUUCAACCAAUUUUUUACUUAUUUUGUCAAAUUAACUAAUAAUUGUAUUUUGUUAAAUUUAUAUAACAACAUUCCAACAUUGUUUUAGCAUUAUCUAGUCCAAUUGUGGCAUGAUUCCACCAUUUUUUAUCUGCUUGGAUCAGUUUCAAUAGGGGACUUUUAAUUUGAAGGCGAACCGCCGAUUCCACUAUUGUUUGCUCACGCUAAUGUUGUUCACAACACACUGGUGAAGAAAGUCUACCACCCAAGAAGAGAUGGCGAGACCAAGUUUGGUGUACGGUCCCUGGUUGUUGUUUUUUACAGAAAGUCUAUGGCAACAGGCAAUGCAUUUCACCGUUAUCCAGUGAAAGACCCGGAAAGAUGCAAAAGAUGGUUAAUAGCUGUCAGACAUAUUAAAUACGAUGUCAAGACUCCAGUUUGCUACUCUGAAUAGCCUACGUGUAUGUAGCAAGCACUUCAGGAAGAUGAUUUACGAGAGAGACUUUCAAGCCGAAAUGAUGGGUACUAAGAACAAACGAAGCCUCAAAGAUAACCGCUGUGCCAUCUGUAUUUCCGUGGACUGGACCGGCAGUACCAAAAUACAGAGGAGCGUUCGAGAAGAGAAAGCGCGCGGAGGUAGGCCUACUCAUGGGAGCUGUCCGUGCUUGUAGCUAGCUAUUAGCUAGCUAGCUUGGAGUUGUUGUCUAUCACUGUACUCCCAUCGUGUCUCAAAUGACUGUGUACUUUCGGUGUCUUCUAGGUUCUGGCCUCAAUAGAAGGCCUCAAUAGGACUUCAAAGGUGAAUCAACCAGUAACAACAACAAGCUCCUCUGCCAUAUAUGUGAGUUGAGGGCAAAUAUAUCUACUGUGAAUGUUUUCACAUACUUUUCUUUUGCCAGUCCCCACAGUCCCUUUCCCAAUACCUGCUGUAGCCUACAAACUAGCCCUUGAUCAUGAUUCUCAGUUCCAUUACAUUACACAUAAGAGUCAUUGGACGAAGGCGUCUUCUGUACAGGGAGUUUUGUUAAGAGCCCAAAAGCUUGGUCAGAAAUCAUUGGUCUGAACAUUAACACGCAUCGCUUGCGGUACGGUUUUGGAAGCAUAAAAAUACCUUCUCUUUCAUAUCAGCGAGAAAAAUAGCGAGAGUUUAAAUUGAUACACACCUUUAUAGGGUUAGUGUUCUCACACGGCCCAUAUCUCCACGUUACAUCGUGUUUACGGAAGACACAGGGACCACCUAUGCCAUAUAGCUAUCUAGCAUGCUCCGAACUCUGUAGCGGAAGAAAGCCGCCAGAAAUGUGGUUGUCACUGAAAAAUACUGUUGGCUGCAACUGUGAUAAAGCAGUUGUACAGUAAGUGUAUAUUUUAACAUUAUGAAAGUAAUGGGCUUUGUGUUUCUUAGAAGCGUACCGCAAUUGAGAAUCGAUUCACGUUUAGAUGGACUAUUUGGCUGUUUUGGGCUGCAAGAUCCGUCUACCUACCCUGAAAAUAACAUACAAGGUAGUCAGCUUAAGAGUACAUCUUGGGCUGCCUAACAACCGUGGACCAUUUGCAUUGACAACAUUUGAUUUCAGUCUUUCAAACUAUAAAGCAUAAGUGGAAUAUUAAGCCUCAGGAACCACCUGGGGGUUUUUGAUUGUCCCAAAGGCUAGUUCUGGUCUAUUUAUUAUAGUUCCAUUGCUGAGCAAAUAGCCCUCCAUGUCAUGAUUAUAUUAAUAUCAGAAAUACUUUUAGGACAAUGGCAUAAUAACAUUAUUAACAUGAUUUUUGAAAAUGGGUGUCUAUCCUUAAUCAUGGCUGAAAAUUCCAAACACUGUGUUGUUAUCCCUUUGUUAAUUAGAACAAGUCAUUUGUCUCUGUUAAACUAUCACAGAGAUAUUAAUAAUGGUAUCAACAAAAUAAUAAUAAUGGUAUUUGUUUUCUUCCCCAAGGCGGUUGGAGGGACAGUUUUCCCAGCCUCGCCUGGACAGAGAGCAGCUCCUAGACGACACCAGGUUCCUUGACUGUGGAAAUCACUGAGGAGUUGUUUGGCAGUGAUCAUGAUGACGAUGUGGCCACUGCACCGAUGGAGAGGAAGAGUUUCUGUCCUCAGAGGAGGAACCUGAGGAACCCAAGAGAAGAAAGAAGAAGAGGAAAAACAAGAGGAAUAGUUCAGAUGAGUGGGAGCCGUCUGAUAAAGAAGAUACUGUAAUACUAAUGCACUAUUCUUCUGAUUCCUCUGAGGAUUGGAAACUGUUGGUUCCUCUGACCUAACAGAAGGGGGGCCAAAGCUGCUACUCUUCUCAGACAGACGAGAGGGAAGGUGGGUAAGCUGUAGUCUUGUGGUGCGAUGAUGUGGAGCUGAGGCUGAAGUCACUUGCACCACACGGAGACAUAAGAUGCAAUAUGCCUGUGCUGUGUGUGUGGGUGAGGGCGAACAUGCUGUUGGAUUGACCAAUUCUACAUGCGGUUCGAUACCUAUCCAGCCUAAAAAAUCAUGUGCAACUCGAAACACAACACCAAAGUUUGUCAACGCACACUCGCCCAGACUGCUGUAGGGUGAUCACUUCAAGAAAGACCACUUGUGUGAGCCAAUAUCAAGAAGAUCCCUGCCUAGACUGUGGUAAGCUAUUUGUUUCCCAGAUAUCUCUCAAGCUUCACAUUAGAGUCCACCAGGACAAGCUUUGUGCAUGCAUGCAGAUUAUGCCUCAAGAAAUUCAAGACCAACCAGACAAACAGACACAUGAGGAGAGCCAUCCCCAAAGAAAGAGUCCCUAUCAAUGCCCCGACUGCUCGGAAAGAUUCAAUACUUUUUAAAAAAACGGAACAGGCACCUUCAAGCUGCCGAGGGCCAAGGAAGUACAUUUGUGAUGUCUGUGGCCAAGAAUUAAAUGGGUUGCAUGCACUCAUAGACCACAAAUGGUAACACCCGGGCAGAAGCCCUACAAGUGCAAGGUGUGCCAAAUGUCCUUCAACCAAGUUAGCCACCUCAAGUCCCACUUGCGCCUCCAACACAUGGAGCGACCCUUCAAGUGUCAACAGUGUGAGAAGUGCUUCAAUCACAAACGUCAGUCUAAAGAACCACGUGCACCGUUAUCAAUGGUCCAGACUCUCAGGAGCAGGGGGAGAGAGAGAAGGAGCGGAAUAGUCAGGAGCUAAACUCUGGAACUGAGGAGAAAAAGCAGGGUGGACGCUCUAGUCCUAAAGAACAGGAGAGGGUCAGGAACCAAUCCAUCAAUCUGAGCAGGAGAGAGAGAAGCGGGAACCGAGAAAGAGGAUGGCACAAGAGCAGUCAACGCCAGACAUCUGACCCUGAGGAGUUCGAGGAGGAGGGGGUGAGGCAGAUCAACAGUGACUCAGACUUCAACCCAGCAGAGGAGAGGACCACA